AUGUCGGUCAUCUGUGAGGGGACAUUGCUGUCUCCUUGCAUGAUGGCCUGCUCACGGAUCUGCUCCCGAAUUCUGGGACUGAGCCUUGGGAUGACAGCCCUGUUUGCUGCUGCGGCCAACAUGGUGCUCCUCUUUCCUAACUGGGAUGUGACCUACCUGUUGAGGGGCCUCAUUGGCAAGCACGCAAUGCUGGGGUCUGGACUCUGGGGAGGCGGCCUCAUGGUACUCACUGCAGCCACUCUCAUCUCCUUGAUGGGCUGGAGAUAUGGCUGCUUUAGUAAGAGAGGACCAUGCCAAAGUAUGCUUAUUGCCAUGUUGUCAAGUGGCCUGGCUUUGCUUGGAGCCUUGAUUUGCUUUAUCACUUCUGGAGUAGCCCUAAAACAUGGUCCUUUUUGCAUGUUCCAUGAUGUCUCAUCCUUCAAUCAGACACAAGCUUGGAAAUACGGUUACCCAUUCAAAGACCUACCUAACAGGAAUUAUUUGUAUGAUCAUUCACUAUGGAACUCUGUCUGCCUGGAGCCUCCUAAAGCUGUCAUUUGGCACGUGUCCUUCUUCUCCUCCCUUCUGUGCAUCAGCUUCCUCCAGAUAUUCCUGGUGGUCAUUCUUUUCAUCAACAGCUUCCUGGGCCUUUUCUGCAGCCUCUGUGAGAAGUCAUAGGUAACACCCUCUUAUGCAUGGGUUUUUUCCUCAUAGGCUCCCUUGAAUCCUUCUGCAAGCAGUGGGUGUGAAUUAUAAACAAA